UCCCCAUGCUCCCCGCACGCCUCACUCGCAGGCUGCUGUGCUGCGUCCUACGGGGGCCUGCAUCCACCGUAGCGCGCCAUGGAGUGGAGCUGCUCCUGGAGCGGCGGUGCACGGCCGCCGCCUCUUUCCAGCGCCGCGGACUUCCUCACAACCCCACGGCCACCGGGGACUGCGAAGGAGGCAUGGACACGGAGGAAAGUUUUGUGUUCCCCGAGUACGUCCCGGAGCCAGAGCCCGCGCCCAGCCCGGAGGAGCAGCUGCAGGAGCUGCAGCAGCGGCAGCAGGAGGAGGAGCGACUGAGGCAGCAGCGGCGGGAGGAGAGGCUUCAGCAGAAGGUCCGGGCCGGCCGCCUGGCAGCCCCGGUGACGGAGCGCCCGGAUCCGCCAGUGCCGCCCAGCGGCCUGUUCUGCUCGGGCUGCGGGGCCGAGCUGCACUGCCAGGACCCGCGCGUGCCCGGCUACCUGCCCAACGAGAAGCUGCGGCGCGCGACGCAGGGAGAUGGCGGGCCUGCGCGGCCCGUGUGCCGGCGCUGCUGGCUGCUGGUGCACCAUCGACGCGCCCUGCGCCUGCAAGUGAGCCGCGAGCAGUACCUGCAGCUGGUGAGCACCGCGCUGCGGCGGCCAGGGCCCGCACUGGUUCUCUAUAUGAUGGACCUGCUCGACUUGCCGGACACCCUGCUGCCCGACGUGCCCGCGCUGGUGGGCCCCAAGCAGCUCAUCGUGCUGGGGAACAAAGUGGACCUGCUGCCCCAGGACGCGCCCGGCUACUUGCAGCGGCUCCGGGAACGACUCUGGAACGACUGUGUCCGUGCCGGGCUCCUGCUGGCUCCUGGCCACCAAGGGCCACAGCUUCCUGAAGGGGACAAGCCACUGGACGGAGAGGAGAAUUCGAAUCCGUCGGCCAGGUCGCGCACUGUGGUCAGGGACGUGCGGCUGAUCAGCGCCAAGACGGGCUAUGGAGUUGAAGAAUUGAUCUCUGCACUUCAGCGCUCCUGGCGCUACCGCGGCGACGUCUUUCUGGUCGGCGCCACGAACGCCGGCAAGUCCACUCUCUUUAACACACUUCUGGAGUCUGAUUACUGCACCGUCAAGGGCACCGAGGCCAUUGACAGGGCCACCAUCUCCCCUUGGCCAGGUACUACAUUAAACCUUCUGAAGUUUCCUAUUUGCAACCCAACCCCUUACAGAAUGUUUGAAAGACAAAAAAGACUUAAAAAAGAUGCAACUAAAGCUGAAGAAGAUCUUAGUGAGCAAGAACAAAAUCAAGUUCAUCACUUGAAAAAGCAUGGUUAUGUAGUAGGAAGAGUUGGAAGAACAUUCUUUUAUUCAAAAGAACAGAAGAAUGAAGCUACCUUUGACUUUGAUGCUGAUUCACUUGCCUUUGACAUGGGAAAUGAACCUGUUGUCGUGCACAAAUCCACCAAGCGAGUAGAACUGACGCCACAAGAUGUGAGAGAUGCCCACUGGUUUUAUGACACUCCUGGAAUUAUGAAAGAAAAUUGUAUUUUAAGUCUUCUAACAGAGAAAGAAGUAGAUAUUGUUUUGCCAAGACAUUCCAUUGUUCCAAGAACUUUUGUGCUUAAACCAGGAAUGGUUCUAUUUUUGGGUGCUAUAGGCCGCUUAGAUUUCCUGCAGGGAAAUCAGUCAGCUUGGUUUACAGUUGUGGCUGCCAACUUCCUCCCUGUGCACAUUACUUCCUUGGACAAGGCAGAUGCUGUGUAUCAGAAGCAUGCAGGUCAUGCAUUACUCCAGGUUCCAAUGGGUGGAGAAGAACGAAUGGCAGAAUUUCCUCCUCUUGUUGCUGAAGACAUUACAUUGAAAGAAGGACUUGGGGGCUCUGAAGCAGUAGCUGACAUCAAGUUUUCCUCUGCAGGUUGGGUUGCAGUAACACCUUAUUUUAAGGACAGACUUCAUCUCCGAGGCUAUACCCCUCAAGGAACAGUUCUGACAGUCCGACCCCCGCUGUUGCCAUAUAUCGUUAAUAUCAAAGGACAGCGCAUCAAGAGAAGUGUGGCCUAUAAAACCAAGAAGCCUCCUUCCCUCGUGUACAAUCUACAGAAGAAAAGCUGAUAAAUGUUUGACAUGGACCUGAUUCACAGUGGAUGUUAUCCAUGUUGAACAUGGCAAUAUAUGUUGAAAUUGAAGUAUUAAAUAUAGCCAUCUGUUAACUACAAUGAGCAUAACAAUAUAUGUUGAAAUUGUAUUAAAUAUAACCACAAUAGAGUCCGCCCCUGCUCCCACUCUUUUUAAAAAUCUUAACAUUUGACUUUUAAAACUAUUCAACAGUGCUGGUGGCUCAUGCCUGUACUCCCAGCUACUUGGGAAGCGAGAUUGGGGAUCAUGGUUUAUUGAGUAAGGCCAGCCCAGGUAAGUAGUUUGAGAGACCCCUCUCUC